UUUUCAUUCAUCGUGCCGUAUCCUAAUUUCUAUAAAAUGUAGAGAAAACAUCCACUAUUCAGAUUCAGAUAGAAUUAGACAUUUGAAUCAUGACAGAAUAAGGGGCAUUUUAGUACUUUGUGUAAAAGAAAUAUUUAAAUGAGGAAUCAAUCUAGUUCUUAUAAAUUUAAUUAUAAGAUUAUCCCAAAUUCCGAGUCACCCUGUCUGUGUCUGUCUCUGCUGUGAUAAUCUCAAUCUGAUUGAUAGAACUGCUUAUGAACACAUUGUCAUCAUGGCGAAACGUUAUGACACAUUACUUCGCCUAAUGUUAGUUGGAGAUACUGGAGUUGGAAAGACCUGUUUAAUUAACCAGUAUGCUUUCAACGAAUUUCUUGAAAAUCACACAACAACUGUUGGUGUAGAUUUUAGGAUGAAAGUCAUCAAUCUGGAUGGAAAGAAUGUUAAACUACAAAUCUGGGAUACUGCAGGGCAAGAAAGAUUUGAAGCAAUAACUAAGCAGUACUAUUCCAGAGCUCAGGGUUGUAUUUUGGUGUAUGACAUCUGCAGUAGGAGCUCUUUUGAAUCUUUGGCCAAAUGGCUUAUAUAUGUUAAACAGUAUGCAAAAGAUAGCACAUCAGUAGUUGUGGUAGGUAACAAAAGUGAUCUGUCCAUGAAAAGGCAGGUCCCAACAGCAACAGCUAAACAGUUCGCAGAUGAAAACAAUAUAAGGUUCUAUGAAACAAGUGCAAAAGAUGCAUUAAGUCUAAUUAAGCCAUUUGAAGAUAUCUGUCGAGACAUUUUGCGAGCAGGAAAUGAACCCCCUCUAUCACCUGCUAUUACUACUAGUAAAAUAGACCUUACAGCUUCUGUCAACAAUUCUCAAGAAAAAAGAGAUCCUGCUAGGCAAACUAAAUGUUGCUAGUUUUUUUAGCCACCUGUUGUUGUGGUUUUCUUGUGAAAAUUAGUCAAAAUCUUCUGAAUUCUAAGUAUUAAUGAAUUCAAGUUUAUUAAGGGUUUUAAAACAAAUGUUAUUCUGGAUCUAGUGGGAAACAUUUUUGGAUUUUUUGUCAGUGUGUAUUUUGUCACAAGUGAGAAAGAGUAAAAAAAAAAAUUUUAAUCUAUUUUAACAGAAUUAUGUAGGUAAUUCUUUAAAAUAUUUUUUUUUUAACCAUAGCUUUUUAGUAUUGAAAUUCAUGACUUAAAAUUUUGAAAUUGCUCCUGAAUAUUUAGCUUAAGUACUACUAAUAAAUACUUCUGCUAGAUGUUUUGACUAUAUUUAGUAAAAAUUGUUUGACAGAUCCUAAUUAGUGAUUAAUAGCUUGAUAGACCCUAAUUAGUGAUUAAUGGCUUGAUAGAGCUUAAUUAUUGAUCAGUAGCUUAAUGAUAGAUCCUUUUAUUUAAUGUCUUGAUAAUUCUUCCUUAAUUGAUUAACGCCCUGAUUGGUCUUCAUUAUAUGAUUAAUGGCCUGAUAAGCUUUAUUGUGAAUGAUUAAUGCCUCUCUUAGAAAAAGCUGGGCUGAUCAUUACAUGAAAUGUUUCGUAAGUGUCCUGUGCUACUUUCAUUGUUAAUGUUAUAAACUUUCAGCAUUUUAAUUAUAAAAAUGUAUCACUGUCAAUUAAUUAAAGUGGCCACAUAAUGAGUGUUACACUAAAUAAUUUGCAACUCAUCAAUGACAUGAACAGUGGUAGUUACAUCCAGCUGUCUGUCCUUACAUUUACUGUUGGUCUGCUGUUGAGUUUUGUUGUAAAAAAUGUAUUGUUGAUUCAGGGAUAUUGUGUGGACCAAUUUUUCUCAUAAUAUUCCAUAAUAAACCCUAAAGACCAGAAUGUGCCUUGGUUAAGACAGUGCCUUAGCUAAAUUAAAACAUGCUGGUUGACUGAUGUUGCAUGUCUGUGAUUUCAAGUAGUAAUUAAUUACUAAACAUAUCAAUUUUGAUUGAAUUUAAAAUAUUUUACUUUGAUAAAGUAACUCACAUGUAAAAAAAGAACCUUUGCCAGAAGGCACAUUUCUCGCAUGCUGAUUAUAAUGGUGGCUUUGUCUUUCUAUAUGAGUUGACAAAAAUUUAUUUUUCUGUAUACAUUUUACAAAGUAUUAAGAGUUUUAGGGUAAAUAAGACAUAUACCUUAGGUUUUUUAAAUUAUUUGAUUAAGUUAUAAUGUACAAAAAGUUUGUUGUUAAAGUUUUCACUCAUGAGUUCUGCUGAGUUUUAAAAAAAACCCAGUGUUCCCACCUUAAAGCAGUAGGUGAUGGUUGUUAGAUAAAAUCAAACUAUUUGAUCUCAUAUAUUCAUGUCACUGUGGCUCUAUAUUGCAUGUCUUCCCCUAAAAGUUCUGUUGCCCUAGGUCUGAAGGUGGGUAGCUGAUCUACCCUAAUAUUUCUCCACGUUGACAACAUGUAUUUUUUGUUGUUAUUGCCAAAGAUCUGUUUGUCAGAAGAAAAAAAUAUUCAUUACUAGCUGUAUGGUUAUUUAUUCAGAGGUUAUUAUUUUUAAGUACCAUUGUAUUUAAUUUUUUGUCAGUUUUUUAAAUUUUAAAUAACAUAAGAAAUAUUUGAUUGCACUUGAUAUUUAAAUAAACUAGACUAAUUUAUAAACUCUCCUUGCCCUUAAAUAAGAUAGAGAAAUGUAUUUUUCCCUUUGUCAGGCAUUUGAAAGAUUUAUAUUUUAUCUAGACUUAAAAUUUCGUGAAGUAGAUUUUAAAAUAUACAUGAUUUUAUAAUAGUUUAACAUAUUUUAAUUAUGUUUCAUGGUCAUCAUUGUUCCUUUUUUGUUCCUUGAGGAGCUUAGGGCAUCUGUUAAAGUUCUCCACUAUACACAGUCUCCUUCCACAAUUUUCAGCUUUAAUUAUUUUAAACAUUUUUUAAACAUUUCUUUUAUUAUAGACCUGUGGCUGGUAAAUAUAAACUUUAAAAGGAUAAAAUCUACCAGACAGAUAUUUGAAAAGUUAUAUUUUACUAAUGAAAGUUUAUUCUUGACUUGUAACAAGUUUUAAAAUAUUGAUCACUCUUACAUAUUUGGUUUUUUAAAUUUUGGGGGAAAAAAUUCCAACAAUGUAUGCACUAUACAUGCAUAAUCUUUGUAUAAUGUUAUGACAGAUUUUAACUGCUAGAACUACUUUGUAUGAGCUUUAUCUGCAAUAUAUUAUUAUACAAUAUGUAAGACAUUUGUAUUUCUAAAAUACAAUGUAAGAAUUAAAAAACUUGUAUCUCUGAUAAGAAGUAAUUACGCAAUGGACUAGCACAUAUCUUAGAAAUUAGAUAACCCUUAAAGCUAGCUGCGUUUUUUUUCUCCAGAAAAUAAAAAAAAAAUACUAUAUAAAAUUUUACAAUAUGCUUUGUCACAUUGGCUCAAUUAUAGACAUUUUUAAAAAGUCCCUGAUGUUGCCAAAGAGUUAUUUUGUUAUGUGAUCAUGUUUUUCACAUACCUAGUACAUGGUAGCUUAGUCAUACAUCACACAGCACUGCUAGUCAAUAAGGUGAUUGUUGCCUUCAUACCUCAGUUUUAGUGGUAUGACAUUUUAAGUUUCACAAGAGUUUGUGAUAUAGCAGCAGAACAUUGUUCAAAGACAGGUGGUGAUAUAUGGACAACACGUGGUGAUACACCUCAUAUAUGCUGACAAGUGGUAUAUGCCACCUUCCCACUGACAGUCAUUUCCUUUAUUUUUUAUUAAUAUCUAUAGGUCGGGUAAUUUGAUUGCUUAGUUUGAUGUAGACAAAACAUUAUGUUGAUAUCUGAGAGUGUAUGAAAACAACAAAAGCAUGCAUUGGCUGUGAAAUUUUUCUGUUCAUGUAAAACCAAGCUCAUAUUUUCUUUUCAUGGUUAACAAAGUUUUUUAUAUUUAAAUAUCAAACCUUUUAUUCUACUUUCCUGAGUAUAAAAAAACAAAAGUUCUUGUAAUCCAGCUUUUUACUCACUAAAUUUUUAAUGCAUAAUACAUUGUGUGUUAUGUACAUGUUAUAUUUAUAUUACUUGCACACAUCCUAUAUAAAAGAUUUAUGAUUCGUACAGUUACUUAUUCUCAUAAAAUUACUAAACUAUUUUAUAUUAUCCCUAAUACUGAUAACAGAAGUAAAAUUAGAUCUUGUUGCUUAGUGUUAGAAUAGAAUUUCCCUAAUGAGUGUCAUGCAGUCUGAAUAAUGCCGGCAUACUGUUUACCACAGUAGCUGAAAGUUUAUUCUUAAAAUCAGAGGCACUUUCGUUUAGAUAAAAAAAAUUCCCUUUUUUCUCCAUAUUUUGCCUGGCCUGAUUCUGGCACAGAGACGCUAAGGUUUUAGCCUUACAUAAUUUAUUUAGAAUGCUCCAAGUUAUUUUGUGAUUUUUCUGAAGACUUGAGUAAAAGCUUUUUAAAGUCAAAUUUUUAACCAAUUUUCUCUGGUGUUGACUUAUAUACACUCAUUCUCUUUCUUUUUUAAAAAUAGAGUUUGGAAUUGAUUUUACAACGAUAUUAUAUUUUAAUCAAAUACUUUACCUCUCUCAAUCGCCUUUUAUCUUUUUACUUGUAACAAUUUUUUUUUUUAAUUACUUAAAAGAAAAUAAUUGUUGACUGAUUUGUCUAUCAUAUUUAAUUAACAAUUUAGAAUUAAAACCUGUAAUUUGAAUUUUAAGAAUAUUUUUGGAGACCAAAAAUUUUAGUUUUUUUCUCAUUCAAUUCAAUAUUUGUUGAAUGUAAAAAUAUGAAUGAAGUCAUUUAUAUGGUUUGACAGAGUUUUUGUAUCCAUAGCUUUGUUUUUGUUUUGAGUUUUUAUAAUUCAUUUUUAGACUCCGCUUUCAGGGAACUAUUGGUGACAGUUUCUUUCUUGUUUUUUUUUAAAUUGAACAAUUCUUGAAUUGUGUGUAAUAUUUAAAGCUGAUAUCAGGAUAUAAUAGCGCAUGUUUUAUACUUGUAUACCUUUUAUUUUAUACCAAUGAGCCAAUAAAACAUCUGUUACCAUG